CUUUAUUAGUCUACCUCUGCUAUCUUUAUCACAUCAUCACACCCCAGUACACGUGAAGAUAACCGACAGUAAACGACCAGACAUAGGACUAGCAAACAGUGGACUGCUAUGACCCCCAGGAAUGACGGACUACAGGAAGGAGUACUCCCCCGUCGUCACCUCCCUCAACACGUACAAGAUCUUCCUCAUCGGCGAACAGCUCAGGACUUGUAUGAAUGGAGUAGGUCUUAUAAGGGACCGGAAAUACAGACUCAGAACGUACAGAUCCUGUUUCCAGGGCAAUGAGACCGUUGAUUGGAUGGUUCGCAGCAGACGAUGCGACGACCGUCUCACCGCCGUACGCAUAAUGCGCACUCUUCAAAAAUGGAGCUUUUUUCAUCAUGUGUGCGAUGACCACAACUUUAAGGAUGAACUGCUAUUUUAUCGGUUUCGUCGUGAUGAUGACUCUAUCGAAUCUCAGAAAGAUCUCUUACUCUUCUACAAAGUGCUCGAUAUUUACCACUCCAUAAAUACUUCAAAGAAAGGCAUAUUACGUGGCUACCAAGUGAAAGGACAGGUGUUCGAUAGAGCUUUCAUGGGAUCCGCGUUCGUUGAUUGGUUAGUCAAAUCAGGGAUGGUCGACACGAAGGAACGGGCCAUAAUUACGGGGAGGCAACUCCUGGAAAACGAUAUCAUCAGACACGUGACAGACGAUCACCACUUCCGGAACGACAGCAUGCUUCUAUACCAGUUUAACCUGGAUCUAGACCAGCGUCGGCGGAUGUCAGACGUCCUCAUCCUGGACGACACCCGCCGGAUGUCAACAGAUUCCCGCUCCUCAAAUGAGUCUCAAGAAAUCGCAGUGCGGAAUAUAGAGUCACGUGAUAUCGGUUUAAGCGAUAUUGAAAAUACUGAAAACAAAUCAUCUGAAACAAUAGAAUCCUCAUCCCCCAUGCAACCAAAAUCAGUGUUGUUACGAUAUGAAACUGCAGACGACCUAGAAUCUCCCGACACGCCCUUCAUCAGAUCCUGUCUCAGGAUUUUCAGCGACUCUGUGGGGUACGGGUUUGUGAUUCGUGGGAUCGGCCCUACCUAUGUACAGACGGUGGACCCCGAGGGACCAGCAGCCGAUGCUGGGCUCAAGGUUCGUCAGUACAUAUACUCGGUGAAUGGUGAGAACGUUUUGCGGGAGGAUCACCAUACUGUGGCGCAAAGGAUCAUGGGAAGUAACAGGGACUACAUCAACCUUUGUGUCAUGUCUCACAAACGGGAACUGAAAGAAAAAUGAACCAAUUCUCAUGACAGAAAAAUAUGUCAAAGGAUCAAACCGCACCCCAACAACUCUAGUCAUCUUACCUACCCCUCUUAUUAUCGAUAUAUUAACUUAAUUAUAUAUUAAAUUAAAAUAUAUAUACAGUAACCAUGGUAACUAACAAUAAACAAAUCUAAUACAAACAAGGUACCUACAUACAUGAAAUUGUUUGGAGAGAAACCUGCCAUUGUACUCAACAAUUGUUUAAAAGUUUUAAUUUUGAAGAUAUAUUAAUUCUUGAACAGUGGUCAUAACAAUUAACUAUGCUAUCACAUAUCUUAGUUUGAUGAACAUUUGAUUCAAGGAUUGACUCUGCCUCAACAGUGAAGUAU